AUGCCACCUGAAGUUGGACAGUUUGGACAGCUCCUUAUCCGUGCAUCACCGAGAUCUGAUGCUCAAAUCCUAGCAGAUGCAUUUCAGAACGCGGCCGAGUGUCCGCCUAUAACGAAGCAGUCCCUGUGUGAACUUAAUAUUGAAAGUAUCAUCACCAACCCCAAAUUACGUCAUGAUGUCAACCAUGAUCGUGAUUUGAGCUUUCGUCCCAACACCGAUGGAACUAAAGGGCAACAGAAGCGAAAAGAAGGAGAGAAAUACUGGUGUGCUCUUGAGGCUGAAUUAGAGCUGUAUACACUGAUUCACGUCAAUGGCGCCUUGUUCUGCAACUCUCGAGAUGCGGAUAUGAUUUGUAUCAUGAAGACCGCACAGAGGCGGAUACCGAUCAUAUUUGAUACCAUCAAGGAUAUCUUGAAGGGUCUGGUACCAGAACGAGACCACGAAAGAGUGAACGAGCACCUCGACGUACCGAAAUUGAUGCGGGAAAUCGAGCGAGGUGUGUGCGAUUUAGUCCGACUCGCUGAAUGGGUGGCUGUCCUCCUCAAGGAACACUGUGCGCCGAUGAGGGAUAUCUCUGUCGACAAGAUGGUACAAUCAAUUGCCUCAGGCGCUCAAACCAACAAUUCAAGGUUGAUCGUGGAGGGACUCCGCCAGCUUCUCAGCAUCCUGGAAGCCAUGAAGCUUGACGUCGCCAAUCAUCAGAUCAGGAGCUUGAAAACUCUACUAAUCGAAGAGACGGUCCAUUUUGAGAAGCAAUACCAUCUAGAAAGAAUUGUUUCCCAUCGCGCACGCAUUAAUAUUGACGAUGCUUGCGACUGGUACAACAGAGCUGUGAACCUCUACGAGAAACAAUGUAGACCAUCAAGAGAUCAGAACAGUUUUCACAUGGAUAUAUUUGUCCGGGCCGUCAUCUCGAACCUCCUUCGCAAUCGCAGUGCGCAAUUCCCCGACACUUUCUACCUCGACCAAGACCGACUGCGAGUCCUUAGAAACGAGAUAGACGAUCUCAUUUGUAUCGAUAUAUGCAUGGACUGGUUUGAAUUAAUUCUGAAGGGGUUCGGCCAUACUGGAGAGGUUCCUACCAGCACAAAGCAAAACAUGCGAGCCUCCCUAGUUGCUCUAUUGGGUGAAGGGCUAGGCCAUGGUUCCCUGCAUAUGUGGCUCAAUAGCAGUGAGCAUAUUGUUGUAGAGCUUCUCCGUCAAGCCUCUAAAUUCAUUGGAUAUGAACCCGCAAUCGCACUUGAUAAUCUUCAGAAGCUCGAUCAGAAUCUACAGUGCUCCUUUCGUCAACGGACAAGUAGGCAGACUGAGAGGAUGGAGGAAAGACUACUGACGAGGGUGUUGUCUGAAUCAACCCGUCACAUGCAAUCCUCACCCCUUGAUCUGUUCAACGCGCUCGUUGCCAACUCUACACCACCAACAACGAGCUCAGCAAUUCCUGGUCUUCCUCUGUUGUUCAACAAGCAGAACGAUUCGGAUCCAUCUUCAGAUCAACUGACCGAUAUAUCGGCGCGUAUAACGCAUGUUAUCCUCCUGCACUGGCGCACUUGGGCAGAUAUUGCCUAUGUCUGUACGGGGGAUUCCACUUCACAUCCACAGGAUGAUUUAGAAGGGGGGCAAGUCACCACUGCUACAGCACAAACGAAGCCAACUGCUUCAACAGCAAGCGUCAACAGCACCGACCAUAGAACAGGCAUAGGCCCGCCAAAUAUCAGCGACAAGCACGAAACGCUAGAAUCCCCAGCACGGCCAUUUCCCUGA